AAUAAAUCUAAAUUUUUGUGUUUAAAAGAAACAAUUCGAAAAUGCAUAACGACCAAAUCUACGUUUUGGAAAUGAUUGUUAAAAAGAUUGACUUUUUAUCUCCGAUUCGAAUCAAUGAUAUUAAUGCCUUGUCUGUUGGAUUCAAGUUUGUUCAAUUGAUAAAUUUUGAUAUUGAUACUCGUUCUUUUUCCCCGCCUGAAAUGGAUGAAACUGGCAAAAGUUUUUUAAUGAACUAUGGCAAAACGUUCCUUUUCGUUGUCAAACCAUCUACCCUAAGACAACUACUUCAAAGUGACCCUUUUAUAAUUCAACUGCACGAAGGUACUCGGACGUUGGGAUUGGCUACAGUGCCAUGGAAAAAGGAAUUUGCUGAAAUGGUAAAAUAUUUUGAGACGCUCGGUAUAGUGAAAUCCACAACUGUUGAAGAUACAUUUGAGUUGCACAACGAAAAAAACGAAAUUACAGCCAAAAUAGAAAUUUUCCUAAGAAUGUCCUGUUUCGGCCAAAACGUUCAAACAGUAUUUCAAAUCAGGAAAGCAGGAACCAAGUUCGAAUACCUAUUUAGACAAAGAAACGCUUCUAAAACUUUUACAGUUGAGAAAUAUGCAGACGAAAGAAACCAACCACUAGUAGGUCCCAUGUUCAGCGCUGUCAUAGUUGAUGGCAUGAGCAAUAGAGACGCUGUGAAUUACACAGAAAAUGUGUCGUUGACAAAAAUAUUUGAAAGAGAUAAUAUGACAAUAAAAGACAGUACUUAUCAGCGCCCUGAAGCUGCUGGAGAAGAAGGAGGUAUUCAGUUGGACUUUCACGACAUGGAACAAAUGUCCAUAUGCUUUAGGCCAUCCGAAAAUAAAUUUUUCGAUUUCUUGCACUUGAUCAGCGCUGACGUUAAAACAACCAGGAAAAAAACCGAAAUAACGCUACACCGUAAACAAGCUGAUCGUACUGAAUCUUUUCUCAAAUCGGUCGGAGGUGACCUAAAGACCCAUUCAAAUUUGGUCGUUUUAGAAAAAGAAGAGGAAAAUGAAAUGUGUUCAAGCGAAAUCUCCAAGCAACUUUGCAAGAACAAAUUUUGUCCUGCCACGAAAAAAUUUGCAGAAUAUGGUAUAGGUCCGCUUGCAACAGGCCCAGGUUUGGGAACUCUGUACGGAGACAUAGAACCUCCGGUGACUUACGGUUUGAGCCAUGCUUAUGGUAGCAUGUGCGAAUACGGUCCUUACGGUGCUUUUUCAAGACCCAAGCAUGAAGAAUUGCCUUUCGAACCCUUAUCGCCUUGCGUCGAGGACAAGAUGAAGGAAAACCCUACAUGGCACAGCCCCGGCUGUCCUCUAAGUACAGAAAAAUAGAAACAAAAAUUUGAUUUAUGUAUCGACAGUAAUAGGUGAAGUUAUUAAACGAUUAUAUUGAUCCAAUGUAGGCUGUGGCAAAUUAAGUAGUGUAAGAGACCUAAAAAAACAUAAAUUAAUUUGAAAGCACAAAAAUUAUAUUUCGAAAGAAUUCUGAUUUAACCACCUUGAGACAAGUCUCCACGUUAACUACCUAUUCUUACAGAAAAAUUCAUCACUAUUUUUGCAACGGAGAGGAAAAAUACCAAGGGACCG